GCAGCCACGAACCACGAGCCGUCUAGUUCCCCCCCCCCCACCCCCUCCGGUCCCACCUUCUCUGCUCGAGGUUUAUCCCGACUCGUCCACUCUUAUAACCAAUAAAAAGAGAAAAGUGAGAGAGAGAGAGGGAGGAAAAAAAAAAGAAAAAAAAGAAAAAGGAGAGGAAAUUGUUAUGGUUCUUUUUAUUUAUUUAAUCUCUGUGUUUGAGUUUUUAUUCUCAAGUUUGGAACUUGAAAGAACAAAUCCCGUACAUCUGGUAAAAAUAAAAAUAUUUAGGGUUUAAAGCCAUCCGAAAUAGAUUAAAACAGAACAACCUCUCCUCGAUCUUCAAAAUCUAGGGUUAGGGUUUCGUUUAAGUUUUACUCAAAAUUUGUAGUUUCCUCCAUUUGAAUUUCUUGUACUAUUAUUAACUUUCCUCUUUUCUGGAAUGACACUCCAUAAUCUCGUCCCUUUCGAACCAUCCUUUUGAACCAUUUCACUUUAGAAAUAUAAGAAACAAGCUUUAUAUCUGGUAUUUUGUUGAUAUAAAUAGGGGCUAUAUGAGAUAAAAACGGUGUGGAAUUUGAUGGAUGAGAUCUGGGAGAGAGCGGUGGAGACAGCGUUAGACGGGCAAGCGGACCACGCGGCGGUUAGAACCUUGACACUUGACGGUGCGGUGAAGUGUGUUCAAGGUCGCCUCCCGCCGCCGAGCCUUUUGGAAAAAUUUGAGAAUCUUCUACACCUUUCAAUUGCCAAUAUCGGUGUUUCAUCUCUAGAACAGUUUCCUCGUCUUCGAAAUCUCCAGAAAUUAAUCCUUUCAGACAAUAGAAUAGCCGGUGGCCUAGAAUUCCUCGUUGAAGCUGGUCUUGACUCGCUCCGGGACCUUGACUUGUCUAAUAACCGGAUUCAAUAUAUAGAGGCUCUUGCCCCUCUUGCCCAGCUUAAGCUUGUUUCCCUCGAUCUAUAUGAGUGCCCGGUUACCAGGGUCAAGGAUUAUCGAUCUAGGGUUUUUGGGUUGAUUAAAUCGUUGAAAUAUUUAGAUAAAAUGGACGCCGAGGAAAAUGAAAGGCCAGAAUCGGAUGAUGAGGAGGAAGAGGAAGAUGAAGAGGAUGAGGAUGAGGAUGAUGAAGAUGAUCCUGGGAGUGGGGAGGUUGAUGGUGAUGAUAGGCAGUACAGAAUGAAUAACGGGCAUAGUGAAGGAGGUGAAGGGAUUGUUGAUGUUGAUGAGGAUGAAGAGAGUGAUGCAGAUGAAGAAGAGACAGACACGGGUGGAAGGGUAAAUGGGUUAGGCCAUGAGGCCAAUGGGUUUCGGAUUGAGGAAGUAGGGAGAGCAGAAGAUGAAGAUGAUGAUGGUCAUCAUGAGAAUGAUUCAGGUGAGGAAGUUGAUGAUGAGGAGGAAGAAGAUGUGGUGGAAGUUCAUGAUAUUGAGGAUAGUGAUGAUGAUGAGGAAGAUGGGGUAGAGGAUGAUGAUGAGGAGGAGGAUGAGGAUGAAGAGGAGGAAGAGGUAGAUAAUGAUGAAGGUGAUUUUCCUGAGCCAGAGAGUACGGGGCAUUUGAUGAGCACGGAAGGGGAGAUUGAUGGGCAUGAACAUGGGGAAGAUGGGGAUGAUAAUGAUCAUGGUGAGACUGGUGAGGAAGAGUUAGGUGUUGAAGAGGAUGGGGAAUAUGAAGAUGAAGAAGAGGGUGAAGAGGAGGAUGAAGACUAUGGUGAAGGCUACCUGGUUCAACCAGUGGCCCAAGCUGAAGAACAUGAUGCUGAAGGUAGUGACAUGGACCCAGGGAAUGAUGAUGAUGAUGAUGAUGAUGAUGAUGAUGAUGAUGAUGAUGAUGAUGAUGAUGAUGUAGAAGAGGAGGAAGAAGUUGAAGAUGAUGAGGAAGUGCCAUCGACUUCACAGCUUAAGAGAAAGAGAAGCGAUGAUGCAGGGAAAGAUAAGGAGGAAGAUGAUGUGAAGUUUUCGAAGAAGCAUGGUUAGGGGGGGUUAGAUAUAUAUUGUUAAAAUCCUAGACUAGAAUGGUUGAUUGAUAGAGUGUGGUAGAUGAUGCUGCUGGCAGUGUUAUUGAACGAACAGAAUGUUUAGGGUGAAAGGAAUUGUGUACUUGAUGGAUGGGCUUAGUUCAAAAAGUCGUUAGAGCGUUUCCCUUUCUCUUUAAUAUAUCCGUUACUUAUUUGUUAAUUCAAAUGGCAGUUAUGAAGUGUUUUAA